GGAGGCAGGCCGCAGGCGGCAGCGAGUUAUUACCUCGAUAUCUCGCGUUUUCUCGUCACCCAGAUCUGAUCUGACCUCUCUUCACAGUGAGAGCUCACGUACAGCCGCCGCGGCGAACGGUGCAUGUGAACUGUUCGGCGAAACGCGGAGGUGAGCGGCGGCGGCUCCGGUUUAGGGAGGCUAGGGUUUCGCCGCGGGGAUGGAUGGCCGGGAGCAGCAGCAGCAGCCGCCGCCGCAUGUGAGCUCGCCGCCAUCGUCCGGCGGCGUCAUGAUGCCGCAGCACGCCUACGGUGCCGCUCCGCCGGCGAUGCAGCCUGGCUCGGCUAAUGUUAUGCACGGGGUGCCGCUUUCCUUUAAUCCCAUGGCGUCACCCACGGCCUCGUCGCCCAUGAAGCCCGCGGAUAUGGCGGGAGGCAUGUACCGCGCCGAUCCCGCCGUGCCGGGCAUGCAUCAGCAGCAGCCGCCCGGUUCGGGCGGUGGCGCCGCGGCGGCCGGCGGGGAGCUUGUGAAGAAGAAGAGGGGGAGGCCGAGGAAGUACGGUCCUGACGGGAGCGUCGGGUUGGGACUGAAGCCCGCGGCCGCAGCAGGGACGGAGGCGGGCGGGACGUCCGGUGGUGCAGGAUCGAACUCGAAUCCUGACGGGAAGCGCAGAGGGCGACCCCCAGGGUCCGGGAAAAAGAAACAGCUUGAUGCUUUGGGAUCUUCCGGGACAUCUUUUACUCCCCACAUAAUAACAGUGAAACCUAAUGAGGAUGUCGCUUCAAAAAUAAUGGCCUUUUCACAACAAGGGCCUCGCACUACAUGCAUAAUAUCCGCAAAUGGAGCUCUUUGCACAGCAACACUACGCCAACCAGCAACUUCUGGUGGUAUAGUAACAUAUGAGGGCCACUUCGAUAUUCUCUCUCUAUCGGGCUCAUUUCUGCUCGCAGAGGACGGUGACACUCGUAGCAGAACAGGUGGUUUGAGUGUGGCACUUGCCGGAAGCGAUGGACGUAUAGUUGGAGGUUGUGUUGCUGGCAUGCUGAUGGCAGCAACGCCCGUGCAGGUUGUAGUGGGGAGUUUCAUUGCUGAAGGUAAAAGAACCAAAGAAGAACAACUGAAACGUGAACCAACAUCUGCCCCGACCCCGGCCCACGCGGCUGGCUUCGGUGCAGCCACUGCUGCCAGUCCUCCCUCAGAUGGAUCAUCAAGCGACCACUCUGAUGACCCAGGGAGCCCCAUGGGACCUAAUGGAAGCACAUUCAACAACUCAGGUCAUCCAAUGCAUUCUUCGUUUCCUCCUGUUAGCUGGUCGCUAUCUGGGAAUCAAGGCCGUUACGAUCCCGACCUGAAGAUGAUGACCGACUAGUUAAUCCAGUGGUUUUAAGCCUUGUUAGCAGUUGACCCAGUAGAGUUUAGGGAUUCAGUGCUUCCUGCACCGGCACCACCGGCAGCGUUUGCCAAUAAUCCGGUGCGCUAGUAGUAAUCACAAAGCCUGAACAAAGAGUCAGGAACAAUAAGCCUAUCAGGUACUAGCUAAUCUGUAUUUUCUCUAUCGGUAGCAUGCUUUGUCAGUUAUGUCAGGUCUAGUUGUAUGGUUUCCUUACGAAUGAUUGUAUUCUUCCUAGUAUUGGCGUGGGCAUCUUAAUUAAUCUUGGAAUGGCAUGUUCUUGUUGGA